UCACAUGAUUUUGUAUUAUUCUCUCCGGAACGCCUUGAGAGCUUAGCUUCUUCCAAAACCUCAUAACCAGAGAGCUCAUACAACGGGUUUUGGAGUGAUGGGGUCUCUCGUUCGUGAAUGGCUCGGGUUUCAGCAAUUUCCAGUGGCUACCCAAGAAAAGCUGAUUGAAUUCUUCGGCAAAUUGAAGCAAAAGGAUAUGAACUCUAUGACAAUUCUUGUUCUUGGUAAAGGCGGUGUCGGAAAAUCAUCCACUGUCAAUUCUCUUAUCGGCGAACAAGUUGUCCGUGUUAGUCCUUUCCAGGCUGAAGGUUUGAGACCAGUGAUGUGUUCAAGAACAAUGGGAGGGUUCACUAUCAACAUUAUUGACACCCCUGGACUUGUGGAAGCUGGAUAUGUCAAUCACCAAGCCCUCGAGUUAAUCAAAGGGUUUCUUGUGAACAGAACCAUAGAUGUCUUGCUCUAUGUUGAUCGCUUGGAUGUGUAUAGAGUCGAUGAGCUAGAUAAGCAAGUUGUUAAAGCAAUCACCCAAACCUUUGGAAAAGAGAUAUGGUGCAAAACCUUGCUUGUUCUGACUCAUGCUCAGUUCUCCCCGCCAGAUGAACUUUCCUACGAAACUUUUUCUUCCAAGAGAUCAGAUUCUCUCCUCAAAACUAUCCGUGCAGGCUCUAAGAUGCGAAAACAAGAAUUUGAGGAUUCUGCAAUCGCGGUAGUCUAUGCAGAGAACAGCGGAAGAUGCAACAAGAACGAUAAGGACGAAAAGGCUCUUCCGAAUGGUGAAGCGUGGAUCCCGAACUUGGUUAAAGCAAUAACUGAUGUAGCAACAAACCAGAGGAAAGCAAUUCAUGUAGACAAGAAGAUGGUAGAUGGUUCUUACUCUGACGACAAAGGAAAGAAACUCAUCCCUCUUAUCAUCGGCGCUCAGUACUUCAUCGUUAAGAUGAUUCAAGGAGCAAUCAGAAAUGACAUCAAGACAAGUGGGAAACCACUUUAAGUGGUCUGAAGAACAUGUUUUGUGGUGACCAAAAUUAUAAGGAGAAGGAGAGUAUUUCUAGUUUCUUUAAAAGAUUUUAUCUGCGACAUUUUCUUGUUUCCGGCUUUUUAUAUUGUCUGUAAUUUAUUGAGAUUUGUUCAAAGAAAAGAUUACCAUGGUUUUCUGGUUAAAUGAAAUGAUGUCUUAUCUGAUAUAGAAGAGGAAUAGAUUGUUCUA